CAAACUCUACGCCUGCCCAGAGGGAGAUUAUCUAUAUGAAUAAAGUUUUAGAAAAAGAAAAAAAAGCCCCCAAAAAAGCUUCGUCACAUGUUUAGGUGUUGGCAGCGCUGUUUAGCGCAGUGACUGGCUGCUUUAGUCAAUGACUGACUUCACUCAGAGCAGCAGGACAUAUCAGGUUUUGGCGGAGAGAUGUCGGGUAGAGCAGAGCUGCUGGUAGAGCUGAAACAGAGAGCUGUCUGCUGUAUAGAUGAAGCCAAAGCAAAGCUGCACAGCCUCAGUAAGGACAUAUGGAGCUGUCCGGAGCUGGCUUAUGAGGAGAGGAAGUCUCAUGACAGGCUGGUAACGUUUUUCAGUCAGGAGGAAGGCUGGAAGAUCGACACUCACUUCAAACUUGAGACUGCGUUUCGAGCCACUUGGGGAUCUGGAGGAGGAGGCAGCGAGCCGGGAGAUGUGGUCAACGUGGGUUUCCUGUGCGAGUACGACGCCCUGCCUGGUAUUGGACAUGCAUGUGGACACAACCUGAUAGCUGAGGUUGGAGCUGCUGCGGCUUUGGGGCUCAAAGCUGUGCUGGAGAACACCUGCAGCCUCCCUGUCCGGGUGCAGGUGACGGUGCUGGGGACUCCAGCUGAGGAGGAUGGUGGAGGUAAAAUAGACUUGAUGAAGGAGGGAGCCUUUGAUAAUAUGGAUGUGGUGUUCAUGGCCCAUCCUCUGCAGGAUGACGCUCCAUAUCUGCCUCUUGUGGCCGAACAUGAUGUAACUAUAAAGUAUCAUGGUAAGGCGUCUCAUGCCUCAGCCUACCCCUGGGAGGGAAUCAAUGCGUUGGAUGCAGCUGUACUGUGCUACAACAACCUGUCUGUGCUCAGACAACAGAUGAAGCCAGACUGGAGAGUUCAUGGUAUCAUAAAGCACGGUGGAGUGAAACCAAACAUCAUCCCUGCCUACACUGAGCUGGAGUACUAUCUGAGAACCCCUUCACGAGCUGAACUUUCCAUCCUCAAGACAAAAGCUGAAAUGUGUUUCAGAUCAGCUGCUGCAGCAACUGGCUGCCAGGUGGAAGUGGAAUAUGCAAAAAAUGCUUUUGACAACAUAUUGCGAAAUACAACUCUGGAAGAUUUGUAUGAGAAAAAUGGCAAGGCUUUGGGGAUGGAAUUCACCACAGAUGAAGAAGUCCUUAACAAUGCUUCUGGCUCCACAGACUUUGGCAAUGUGACAUUUGUAGUUCCUGGGAUCCAUCCAUACUUCUACAUCGGCUCUAAGGCUCUGAACCACACUGAAGAAUACACUGUGGCCUCCGGUGAUGACAGAGCUCAGUUCUACACACUGCGGACAGCGAAGGCUCUGGUCAUGACGGCUCUGGAUGUGUUGCUGUGUCCAGAGCUGCUGCAGAGGGUGAAGCAGGAGUUCACUCAGGCCAAACUGAAGGAGGACAAGAAGCUGAAAGGAGAGCACACAGAGCAGUCUGCAAACAGCUGUUAAUGCAAAUGGAGGAGCUCCACAGCUCCUCCAUUUGCAUUAACAGGCAACUAAACACAGGAACGGUGUUCCUACCAAAAAUAUUGAUCUUUACUGACAUAUGAUCCAACAGACAUUUUUAAGUACAGAAUGCUAGUACUAUUGUAGGCUGCGCUGUUCACUCAAAAUCUUUGAAACUUGGCUUUGUAGAGUUUUUUUCUGUUUGUUUCCUGUGUUUAGAUGUCACUACAAGUCAAAUCUAUAUAAUGCAAGGCCUUAAAGGGACCGUAUUAUGAAAAAUUCACUUACGCAGUGCUUGUGCAUAUAUAUUUGGGCUGGCUUGCUCUGAAAUCUGAACUCAUUUUAUGCUUCCUCUUAUGUCACUUGGGGAUUCAUUGAUAUUGCAACCACCCCCACAUCUUUGUUUCUUCACCCACAAUUUCCAGACUAGGGUUUUUUGGUCAAGUUAUUUCAGGUUGAAAGAGUGCAAUGUUAUCAUAGAAAGUUGUAUUAAACCAGAAUGAUACUUAAAGAACA